AUGAAGUUGGAAAUUAAGUUUGGAAAAUUUCAACAUUCCGUGCAAAAUAUAAAAGCGGAAAUCGGUUGUCAGCGACUCCGUUGGCGGAUGAGGAAUCCAACAGGAGGAUGGAAGCUGGUAAAAGUGUGUUGGCCUUGCCCGCUGAAUUGUCCAAGAGUAAGGUGUAGCCAUGCCCUGACAGUGGUUCAGCUUCGCAUACAGUCACUGAUCCGUAGCCCAAUGCCCCCCUUGUUUUAUCCACCAAAACACAUGAUCAACUACGCUUUAGAGAAGUCGCCACCGAUACCCAAGCUAACGUUGUUCCCCGAAAUGGAAACUAGCGAUAGGAUGACGGCAUCAGCCUCAUCAGCCCGGACGAGAAUUUUAAGGUCGAGCCAACAACGAAAAAUUGGAAAGGUGAAGUUCUUCAAGGCCAUUUCGCUGAUCUACAACCGGUGGCAGUCCAUCGGUUGCAAUAUUACAAUGGGGGUGCAGAGGGAUAAAAUAUUAAUUCGCGGUGCGAAUGGUUGA